CAGAUAACCCACAAAACAGCAUUAUAGAUAAACAUGAAGUGUCUUUUAUCGUGUAUGUGGACUUGGGUGUUUUUGGUAUUGAUGGGAAGUGGAAGAAGCAUGGGGUGCUUGGAAGAAGAGAGGAAAGCACUGCUCAUGAUUAAGGCCGCCUUCAACCACCCGAAUGGGUCUUCUCUUCCAUCGUGGCAAGAUGGCAACGGUGACUGUUGCAGCUGGAAAAGGGUAAAGUGCGAUAACACCACUUUGCGGGUGACUCGACUAUAUUUGGGCGCAACACGCGGGUGGGGAUCUGACGAUCGCUACUGGGAAUUGCCUUGGGUUAUGGACGCGUCUUUAUUCCUUCCUCUGGAGGAACUUCAAGUGUUGGAUUUAAGUUUGAAUUCUCUCUCAGAUUUAAACGGAACGCUACACCUGAGGAAAUUGAAGAGCCUAGAUCUAUCUUUCAAUUGUCUACAACGAGUUCCCUCGUUGUACAAGCAACAGUUAGUGGAGGCCCAAAAUUUAUCUUCCAAUCAGCUUGAAGGUGUUAAUCUUGAGGCACUGGAGCUUUCUGCUAACAAUUUGGUGAAUGAUUCCCUUGCGGACAUUGCGAGGAUAACAUCUCUUAAGGCCUUACACCUUAGUAGUUGUCGACUGAAUGCUUCGAAGCUACUGGAAGGUACUUCUCUAAAAAUGCUUUCAUUUAUCACCUUCUUAAGAGAAAAUAAGAUAAGGUUGUCUUGA